AUGGAGUCACUGAGAACUGUACUGGUCAGCAAUCGUGGCGAGAUCGCAGUCCGAUUGAUUCGAUCGGCAAAAUCGAUUGGUAUCAGAACUAUCGCCAUUUACACCGAGCCAGAUGCUCCCUCGGCUCACGUGUCUCUGGCAGACACAGCAGUUCUGCUAAAGGGAAGCCCGGCCACGGCAUAUCUUGAUAGUGAUCAGAUCAUCUCGAUAGCCAAAACCAAUGGCGCUGAUGCCGUGAUCCCUGGCUAUGGAUUCCUCUCCGAGAAUGCCGAUUUCGCGCGAAAGUUGAGAGAACAUGGGCUCGCUUUCGUCGGGCCUAGCCCCGAACAUAUCGAGUCUUUCGGGCUUAAGCAUUCUGCAAUCAAAUUGGCCAUCGAAGCGGGCGUUCCAGUCGUCCCGGGAAGUAACGGACUUCUGGACGAUGAAGAGCGGGCGGUCUCCAUGGCACAGCGACUGGGCUUCCCGGUCAUGUUGAAGGCUACUGCAGGUGGUGGUGGCAUGGGACUCUUGACCUGUUUUACCGAGGAUGAAGUGAGAAGCUCGUUUCAGACGGUGAGGUCGAGAGGAGAAGCUCUGUUCAAGAAUGCCGGACUUUUUCUAGAACGCUACUACCCUUCUAGCCACCAUAUAGAGGUGCAGAUCUUUGGAAAUGGCCAAGGGAAGGCCAUCUCGGUAGGGGAACGUGAGUGCUCUAUUCAACGUCGGCACCAGAAGGUCAUCGAGGAAUGUCCAUCGCCGUACAUUGAGAAUAGACAUCCAGAGCUCCGGGAACAGUUGACGGCGGCCGCCAUCAGCCUUGCCGAAACCGUCCAGUACGCUUCUGCGGGAACGGUUGAAUUCCUGGUCGAUGAUGCCACGGGGAGCUUCUUUUUCUUGGAGAUGAACACCCGUUUGCAGGUCGAACAUGGUAUCACGGAACUUUGCUAUGGAGUAGAUCUCGUCGAGUUGAUGUAUCGACAAGCCGAUGCAGAGCUCUCCGGUAGAGGUGGCCUGGACACUGCCGAGUUGGUCAGGUCACAGCCAGCCCUUCUUCAACCGCAGGGCAACGCGAUCGAAUUGAGAGUCUACGCAGAGAAUCCGGCCCGGAACUUUGCGCCUUCUCCGGGAGUUCUACAGGAGGUCCGGUGGCACGAGGCUCCGGGUCAGAGGAUUGACAGCUGGGUUCGGACUGGCAUCACAAUCAGCUCUUACUACGAUCCAUUGCUGGCAAAGGUGAUGCACCAUUCAUCAACACGAGCCCAAGCGAUCCAACAAAUCUCCGACGUCGUGACCAAAAGCGUCGUGUCGGGCCCUGCGAACAACCUCGACUUCCUUUUGGCUAUUCUCCAAUCGACCGAAUUUGGCUUGGGCAAUACCACGACCAAGUUUCUCGACACCUUCGACUAUUUCCCCCCGGCCAUCGACGUGAUAUCUGGAGGCUCGUUGACACUUAUUCAAGACUACCCAGGCCGCCCGACCAUCGGCCGAGGCUUUGGGCAUGCAGGCCCCAUGGAUCCGAUCGCUUUCCAGAUCGGCAAUGCUCUCGUCGGGAACGAGCUUGGGCUAGAGGCCCUGGAGGUCACUUUGAACGGGCCCGAGUUACUGUUUCUUGGAGAUGCCGUUGUCGCACUGUGUGGUGCGCCUUUCCAUGCGACACUAAAUGGCAAAGCCAUCAACAUGUGGACGAGACUCGUCAUUCACGCAGGAGACACGUUGAGGAUUGGAAAGGCGGCGUCCGACAGUGGGUGUCGGGCGUAUCUCGCCGUCAAGGGUGGAUUUCCCAAUGUGGCUCCGUGGUUCGGCUCCAAAGCGACAUGUCCGGGCUCUGGAGUGGGUGGCUAUCAGGGUCGAUCUCUCAAGUCGGGAGAUUACCUGAGGAUAUCACCACAGGGUGACUUGCCGGCGCCAGACGACGGCGUUUGCAUCCCUGCACCUCUGAUCCCGCGGUACUCGCAGCACUGGGACGUGCAAGCCAUGGCGGGGCCGUACGAAGAAGGCUACCUCUCUGCCAAAGACAUUGAGAUGCUGUACAACACCACGUGGAAGAUCUCCCACAAUGCAGCACGUGGAGGGAUCCGUUUGAUCGGCCCCAGCCCGGAGUGGGCUCGACUGGACGGCGGUGACGGCGGAGCACACCCCAGUAACGUGGUAGAGUAUGGCUAUCCCCUGGGAGGGUUGAACUGGACGGGCGACGAGCCUGUCAUCUUCCCUGUGGACUGUCCGGACUUUGGUGGCUUUAUCUGCAGCCUUACCGUGAUCAAGGCCGACCUCUGGAAGGUGGGACAACUGGAAGCAGGAAACACUCUGAGGUUUCACAAAGUGACGUUGGAACAAGCGCUCCGCUCUCGACGACGCGGCGAUCACUUCGUCCAGCAGAUUUCGGCAGGGGUGAAGAGCGGUUCCUUCAAAGAUAUCGAGCCACUCGACAACACAUCGCCUCCCCUCCAAGAUCUCGCCGCGUCAACACCAGAUGCAACACUGUUGUCGGUCGUUCGAGAAUUGUCCCCGGUGCCUGGGAGACCUGCUGUCACUUACCGGCAGGGUGGCGAUCAAUUUCUGCUCGUCGAUUACGGCAAUGAGUCGUUCGACAUCAACAAAAAGUGUCGCGCCACAGCCCUGCAGAGGCUGCUGCGAGCGUCGGUGGGCGACAUCAGCUUCCAGGGUGGACUCAUCAACGCCGUCGGCUGCGGCAACUCACUGCAAAUCUAUUACGACGGCCUGCGGAUCCCACAAAGGAAUCUCGUCGAGUUCUUGGUCCGCGCAGAAGAGAGGCUGGGCGACCUCCACGACGUCAGGCUGCUCAAUCGCACAUUCCGCCUGCCCCUGACAUUCACCCACCCCAAGCUGAAGGACUGUGUGGAAAGAUACAUGACGAACCAACGGCCGUACGCGACAUAUCUGCCCGACAACUUUGAUUUUGUGGCCUGGAACAACGGCCUCGACGCGAGUGGCCUGAAGAGAAUCUUUCUGGAAGCCCAAUUUGUCGUCGUCGGCGUCGGCUUCAUUUCCGCCCUGCCCCAAUGUCUGCCGGCCGACCCACGCCAUCGCCUUAAAUCGCCCAAGAUGAAUCCCUCGCGGACGUUCACUCCCGAAGGGACAGUCUCCUGGGGUGGCUCCUGUAUGGCGCUGUACAACGCGGACAGUCCGGGCGGAUAUAUGGUCACGGGAAUGACGAUCCCGGGCGUCGACGUGCUCGGCUAUAAGGCCGGGUAUUCUGCCUCUCGGCCGUGGCUGUUCGAGGAUAUGGACGUCAUCACGUUCUACGAAGUGACCGAAGGCGAGUACGAUGACCAUAUGUCCAUGUUCCGGCGCGGUUUGUAUCAGUACGAUAUGGUCGAUACAAACUUCGACAUGAAGGCCCACAACCAGCUUCUCGACUCGGUGAAGGACGAGCUGCAGAUUUUGGAUGCAUACCGUAGCGCCUGUCAGGAAAAGGUGCUGGCUGAGGAGAAAGCAUUGGUUGCUCGUUGGACGAGGGAGAAGGAUGAAUCAGCCAUUCCGAUGGAUUUUGUCGACAGCUGGCUGAAAGACCCGGAGAUCACUGCUAUCGAAGCACCCGUCAAUGCCAAUGUGUGGAAGGUCCUUGCCAAAGAGGGUGACAUCCUGGUGGCCGACCAGACCAUGGUCAUCCUCGAGGCCAUGAAGUUGGAGAUCAACGUUGAUGUCGCGCAUCAUUUGGCCGGCGCCAGGGUCGAAAAGGUCCUGGUUAAACCGGCGGACGUUGUCGACAGUGGGAAGCCGCUACUAUUGCUUCGAGUUCCAAGCCAAUGA